AUGACGACCGAAAUCAAGAAGGUUCCCAUCCCCCCCCACGGCGUCGACUACCGGGGCAAAGUCGUCCUGGCCCCCAUGGUGCGCUCCGGCGAGCUGCCAUCGCGACUCCUCGCCCUGCACUACGGCGCUGAUCUGGUAUGGGGCCCCGAAACUGUCGACAAAGCCAUGAUUGGCACAACGCGCAAGGUACACGAAGCCACGAAUACUGUCAUGUGGACGCGAAAGGCGUCGCAUGGCGCGAAAGAGCCGUCAGCAGAUGUUAAAGAGAGCAUUAUCUUCAACAUGCAUCCUGAGAAGGAGGGGCGGAAACUCAUCUUCCAGAUGGGCACCGCAAAUCCGGACCUCGCCGUCGAAGCAGCAAAAUUGGUGGCGGCAGAUGUGGCAGGCAUCGAUGUGAAUGCCGGCUGUCCGAAACCUUUUAGCGUACACUGCGGGAUGGGAGCUGGGUUACUCAAGACGCCCGAUCUGCUAUGCUCCAUUUUGGAGGCGCUGGUCAAGAACAUCGCCUCCGAGUUCGAGAUUGGCAUCAGCGUCAAGAUCAGGAUUCUCGAGACUCCAUCCGAGACUGAGGCUCUCGUCAGAAAGCUGGUUGCCACAGGGAUCACUGGUCUAACUGUCCACUGCCGAACGACACCCAUGCGGCCCCGGGAACGUGCGAUUCGAGGCCAGCUACGUAUGGUCGCGGAUAUUUGCCACAAGGCCGGCGUCGCAUGUGUGAUGAACGGCGACGUGGAAGACAGAGACCAUGGUUUACAACUGAUGGAAGAAUUUGGUACAGACGGUGCCAUGAUUGCGACCUGCGCCGAGAAAAACUCGAGCUGUUUCAGGACCAAAGCUGACGGGGGUGCGGUUCCUUGGAAAGAUGUUGUCGAGCAGUAUAUACAGUACGCAAUGGAGGUUGAGAACAAGUUCGGCAACACUAAAUUCCUAUUGACUCAAAUCAUUCCUGGAAAAGCACCGGUUUAUCGGUCCAUCAGCCCCUGCAAGAGCUAUACAAAGAUAUGCGAGACGCUUGGCCUCGAGUCUCUCUUGGAACGGGCGCGAGAUGUUGACGAGAAACUCGGUAUCGACCCCGAGAGUGGUCCCAAGAAGAACCAGCAGGCACUGCAAAAGGCAGCUCAACAGGGACAAGAAAAGAAGAACAAGAAUCCUAACCAGACUGCCCUUGCCGCAGGGGGCCAGAAGGCCCAAUUUAGAAAACAAGACAAGAAGAGUUUAUCGAACCGAGGCGUCCAGGUGCAGCCUGGAACACAACAAACAGAAGGGAUGGCGGCUGUCAUUCCGACUUAA